AGUUCUCCCGGUUUCGCAUCGUUGAUAUCGAAUGCGUCGCUUGUUUGAUCGUCCUAGUUGACGGUCUCGUUCUUUCACUGAUGAUCCGGACAGGAUGACCGGACCACAUAGCAAGCGGGGUGCGUUUUCGGUAUCAUAUCGCCCGGCCGUGGGCGAGACGGUGGAGCAGUUCCAGAGCUGCAUCGAGAAGUUCGUGACGAAGGGUUGCGCAUUCUUUGGCGCCGAGGAGGUCGAGGCGAACGUCCGGUACUAUCGGUUCGUUCUUUGCUUACGUACGCCGUUGCGUAUUACCUCGCUAUGGAGCGGCAAGAAGUGGAAGCGUGCCGGGGCAUUCGGAGUGGUUGUCGACGUCUGCUAUCCUGCUCUGGGCGAGGGUGUCGGCAGUUUUUUAAGUCGUCAAGCGAGUUUGAUCCGCCGCCGUUCGUCCGAGUCGGUUUUCGGGUCCUGGGACAGGGUUAUAGCGGAGCGGGAGAGCGUUUUACGCCUACAGACGGAACAGAGGAGACAGUAUAGGAAGCGAGAGCGGCGUCAGUUGCAAUCGGCAUCACCGGUUGAGAAGGCGAAACUAGGCGGUGGUCCGUUGAUCCCGAAAGGAGUGGGCGUGGAGUGCCCGAGCGUCUGCGUCUCUAGGUUGGCCUUAUGGAAUAUGGAGUUCGAGGCGAUGGCGAUGGCUGAUUUGGAUAUGGCACCGGUAGAGUUGGGAUCUUGUAUCGACUUGGUUUUAUUCUUCCGUUUAUCGCUAAUGCUGAUAAUAGGUCUCUCCCCUCAAAGGAUGAGCAUUAAUGUUGGAAACGAGAGUACGGAGAUAGAGUGGGAACGAGAGUACGGAGAUAGAGUGGGAUCUAUUUCUUCAGAACUACGAUUGAUCGUGGUAGAGUUGUAGUGUUACAUGUUUUAGCGUAGUUGGUUAUAUUGUCAUUAAUGGAGAUAUCAAUAGUGUGUUAUUCAACUGGAUUUCUUCUCUUUUAUCAUGAGACCCCACCUUGACCCUCCCUCCUGUUCUGUUUC